AUGGUUCACUUAGGUCCAAAACCCCCACAACACAGAAAGGGGACAUUCACAGAUGUGUCACCAGAACUCUUACUGGUGCUCAAGCAAUUGGAACAGGAGUUUUCCGUCAGUGGUGAAACAUUGAGAAAAAUUGUCAACCAUUUCAUUACCGAAUUAGACAAGGGUUUGUCGAAAAAGGGAGGUAACAUCCCCAUGAUUCCUGGCUGGGUGAUGGAUUUCCCCACUGGUGAAGAAACUGGAGAUUACCUUGCUAUUGAUUUAGGUGGAACCAAUUUGCGAGUCGUGUUGGUUAAAUUGGGAGGUAAUCGAGACUUUGAUACUACGCAAUCGAAGUUCCCACUUCCGGAGCACAUGAGAACGGCCAAAAGUGAGGAGCUUUGGUCUUUUAUUGCCGAUUGUUUGAAGAAGUUUGUGGAUGAUCUUUACCCUCAAGGUUGUAAAGAGCCAUUGCCCUUGGGCUUCACAUUUAGUUAUCCCGCUAGUCAAAACAGCAUUACUGAGGCGGUAUUGCAGAGAUGGACAAAAGGUUGGGCCAUUGAUGGAGUCGAAGGUAAGGAUGUUGCUCCAAUGUUGCAAGAUGCUAUACAGAAAGUGGGUGUUCCAAUCAAAGUUGUUGCUAUAAUCAAUGACACUGUAGGAACUUUGGUUGCUUCAAGAUACACUGAUCCAGAAGCUAAGUUGGGGUUGAUUUUCGGAACUGGGGUUAAUGGAGCUUACUACGAUGUUGUCAAGGAUAUUCCCAAGUUGGAAGGGAAAACAGCUGACGAUGUGGACCCGGAUUCUCCAAUGGCCAUCAAUUGUGAGUAUGGGUCUUUUGAUAAUGAAUUGGUGGUUCUUCCAAGAACCAAAUAUGAUGUUAGAGUAGAUAAGGAAUCUCCAAGACCUGGCCAACAGUCAUUCGAAAAGAUGAACUCGGGAUACUACCUUGGCGAACUUUUGAGAUUGGUAUUGUUGGACUUGGCUGAAGAAAGACAUCUCAUUUUCAAAGGACAAAACUUGGACAAGUUGAAUGAACCUUAUAUUUUGGACACCUCAUUCCCAGCCAAGAUUGAAGAAGACCCAUUUGAGAACUUGGAAGACGUUGCCGAAUUGUUUCAAGCUCAAUUGGGCAUUCAAACUACUGUUCCUGAACGUAAAGUGAUUCGUCGUAUUGCUGAAUUGAUCGGUGAAAGAUCAGCAAGGUUGUCAGUUUGUGGAAUUGCUGCCAUUUGUAAAAAGAGAGGAUACAAGACUGCACAUUGUGCCGCUGAUGGCUCGGUUUAUCAGAAAUACCCGGAGUUUAAAACUAGAGCAGCAAAGAGUUUGAGAGAUAUUUUCGAAUGGCCAAGUGAUUUGAAGGAGGAUCCAAUUGUUAUCGUUCCAGCUGAAGAUGGUAGUGGUGUUGGUGCUGCCAUUAUCGCCGCCUUGACUGAAAAGAGAUUGAAGGAGGGAAAGUCAGUUGGUAUCAGAAAAGAUUAA